GAACAACAACAUCCUGUACUACACAUCUCCUUAAUUGUCUACAAAACAUCCAUUAUCUACACAGACAUGACCGAGAACAAAGAGCUCACUGGCAAAGUAGCUCUCGUAACGGGCGCCAGCCGCGGCAUCGGGGCAGCAAUUGCCAUAAAAUUCGCCCAACGAGGAGCAAACAUAGCCAUCAACUACGUUUCCUCAUCCACCGGCGCCGACUCCGUGGCAAACGAAGUCCGCACCCACGGCGUUCGCGUCAUCACAGUGAAAGCCGAUGUCUCCAACCAGGCCGAAGUAAGCACCAUGUUUGAGGUCGUCAAGCGCGAAUUCGGCCGUGUGGAUAUCAUCGUGAGUAACUCGGGGAUUGAACAUUUCGGUGCUCUGGGUGAAGUUACUGGUGAUGAUAUUGAUCGCAUUUUUGCGGUGAAUGUCAAGGGUCAAUAUUUUGUGGCUCAGGAGGCGUACAAGUAUAUGGAAGAUUUUGGACGGGUUAUGUUGACGUCUUCUAUUUCUGCGGUGAAGGGUGUCCCAGGACACGCGGUAUAUGCAUCGUCCAAGGCAGCUAUCCUGGGUAUGGCGAAGUGUCUAGCAGUGGACUUUGGUCCUCGUAAUAUCACUGUCAAUGUCAUUGCGGCCGGCGGAGUGAAAACCGACAUGUACGAUCAUAAUUCACCGAAGUAUAUUCCCGGUGGGAAGGAUAUGACUCCAAAGCAGAUUGAGGAUUUACUCUCCAAGUGGUCGCCCUUGGGUCGUGUAGGGCUUCCAGAGGACGUUGCGGGCGUGGCGGCUCUGAUUGCUAGUCGGGACUCGCAGUGGUUGACUGGUCAGACAUUCCAUGUUUCUGGGGGUGCAUUUAUGAACUAGAAUUUAUCUC